CACUGCACCUGCACAUUUCUGGCGAACUGUUAGCUACACAAGUGUCGCGUGAUCUACUCUUAGAAGUUUAUAUCAGGUGAGCUGCGACUGAGAAUGACAACAUGAGCCUCAUCAUGAAUAGUGACACUGAGGUAAUUCGCCCUGGGAAGGGAGAGCCCCUCUCCAGCAUGCUAACCCUGGCCGAUGCAGAUGAUGGAGGGGUUAUCAUCAGGGACAUUAAGCAGGACUCUGACAUUGCAAAAGCUAGUACUUUGAAGAAAGGUGAUCAUAUCUACGGAGCAACAAUAUAUUUUGACAAUAUGAAUAGUGGAGAUGUCGCCCAAAUACUGAAAUAUUCUGAAUCCUGCAAAGCGGGUUUGAAACUGCAUUCAGAUGGUGAAAUCACAUCUCCAGACUCCUUGAAACUUCGAAAUUUCAGCCUCAAAAGUCUAGAUGCGGGGAUUGGUGAUCAAACUUACACGGAUAUAUACAACAAGAAGAUCAAGAAACAUCUUAAAUUGCCAACACCAAAUAUUAAUGCACAGAAUGCUGAUCCAAAGGCUAUGAAACUUCAAGAUCCUGACAUUCGUGGUCCUUCCUUUGGAAUUCCGAGCUUAAAAGAAAAAGGAGUCGAUGCAGAGUUCAAAACUCCAAAUGUUGAGAUGCCUUCACUCAAUUUACGGGGACCCAAUAUCUCAGGGCCUGAUGGUGAUUUGGGUUUCAAGGUGCCAAAUAUAAAAGGUGUUUCUCCAAAACUUGAUGGUAAUUUCAAAAGUCCUACCAUUGAUGUGAAGAGUCCUGAGGUUGAUCUCAAUGUGCCAGAUACAAAUCUGACGUUCUGGGACAAACUGAAGUUUCCAAAGUUCAAAAAACCAAACCUUGGCAUUUCAGAGCCUGAUGUGAAGAUGCCUGGAUUGAGGUUGGAUACUGAUCUUCCAGAAACGAAUAUUAAGUUGCCAUCCGGAAAGAUGAAAUUGCCAAAAGUUGAUGCAAAAAUACCAAAGCUGGAUUUGAAAGCACCAAAUCUAGAUAUAAAAGCACCAAAGCUAGAUAUGAAAACACCAGAGCUGGAUUUGAAGACACCAAAGCUAGAUGUAAAAACACCAAAGCUAGAUAUGGACGUGAAUGUACCUAAAAUCAAAACUCCAACUUUGAAAAUCCCUUCACUGAACUUACCUGGAAUUAACACUUCAAAACCUGAUGUUAACCUUUCUGCUCCUGAUCUGAAAGCUGGCUUCAGUGGGCCACAGAUAGAUGGGGAUGGUUUAUUUCAAGAUAUCAACCUUUCAAAUGCUGAAGGCAAAUUCAAGAUUCCAGAUGUGUCAUCACCAUCAUUAUCAAUUCCAGACUAUAAAGCAAAAAUGCCUGAGAUAAAUGCAGAUCUGAAAUCCCCAAAGAUUGAUAUAACACCUAAAGGAAAUUUAGAAGGCAAAAGUCAAAAAUUUAAAAAUUUAUUCAAAUGGUCCCUUCCAAAAGCAUCAGUUCCAGAUGUCAAUAUGGAUCUGAAUAAACCUGAUGUUAAUGGUCAGCUCAGUCUUCCUGAUCCUAAAUUUCAAGGAGCCAUCAAAGGACCAAACAUAGACUUGGAAGGCAAGAAGUUUGAUAUGAAGGCUCCAUCUGCAGAAUUUCAGGGUCCAAAAUUUGAAACACCUGAAAUGAACUUGUCUCCAUUGAAAGCAUCAUUGCCAGACUUGAACCUUCCUUCACUUGAAAAUGCCAGAUCAAACAUAAAGGGACUUAAAAUCGAUGGGGACCUGUCAAAUCCCAAAGUAAAGGGAUCAGAUUUCUACGUUAAUCUCCCUAAGGCAGGCAUCACAAUGCCAGAUGUAGACAUUAACAUGAAAGCACCCAAAAUCUCAGGACGUGAUGAAGAACUGGAUUUGAAAAGUCCCCAAGUAAAGGGAAACAUUGAUCUUCCUGAACCAUCGAUUAAAGGUGGAGUCAAGCUGCCCACUUUUAAUGCUAAUGUUCCAGGUGCUGGAGUAGAUGUGAAGUCCUCAGAUCUUAAAUUUAAUGAUCCCAGUUUAAGUCGAAUUUCUGGCGGAACAUUUAAAGUCAGAUCAGCCUCAGUAUCUGACCUUGAUGAGCCAACUAAUGGGUCAACAAAUGGUUUAAAUUUAAAAGCCCAAUCUUCCAGCACUCUGAAUAUUAAUGGUGAUACAAAAAGUAAGAAAUCUAGAUUCAAACUUCCUUCCCUUGGUUACAAAUCACGGGGGUCAGUGGAUCUGAAUAAAGCUCAAGUUGAAUCUUCCAAAUCUUUUGGAUCUCGAUUCAAUUUACCAGAACUUGAGUUUUCAUUGACCCCAACCAGUUAGAACCCAAGAUUUGUUUCAGUGGUAAAUAAGCAACUACUUCACAUCGAUCCUUUUCAAUGUAUUGAAAACAUUUAUUUUCAUAGAUUUGUAUUCCAAUGUAAUCUUACUGUUUGUAUGGCCUGGUUUAGUGUAGCGUUCAGAUGUGGGUUUUUUUAAAAAAAGAAAAUGAUCAGGAAUUGUAAUCUGUAAAUAUAAGCCUUAAUAUACCCUGUUAUUUCGAUACUAAUUGUUUUGUAAUGUGUAUUCUUUAUGAAAUAUUGACAAGGGCACCAUUGGUAUAAGAUAGUUAAAUGUUUCAUGCCGUGAUUUUUUUUUGGUGAUGUAAUAAUGGAGUAUCCUUUUUGUAAGGUGUAGGAUUUUAAAGGGAUACAAUGAUCAGAUUAGAGAGUUUUGUCAACAUGCUGUGUGUGGAUUUGAACUGUACCAUAAAUGCUGACACAUUUGCAUUGAAAUAGUUGCUCAAUCUCCUUCAGUGCAAUCUUUCUGACUACUUUGAACUUGUAUGCAAAUCCAAUAUGUACAAAUCUAGGUUGUACAUUAACUCAAAUUUCUCAAGUCCUAAUUUGUGUGCUUCAUUAGAGUUUCCCGAACUAAAAUUUGCCUACAUUGUGUGCAAGUCCGGUUAUAAGCAAUUUGCUGCUGUCCAGUCUGACUGUCAUAUUAUCACUUUCAUGAAAUAGAAGAAAAUAGUUACAUGUUUUAAAUUGUUUAUUGAAUACAUUAAAUAUUAUGAUUAUUUGAUGAGUUUACAGUUUAACUGUUGAGCUAGGACUUUGUUGGUUAGUUACAAAGUGUAGAUACUUCAGAAAUGCAUUUUAAAAAGAACUUUGCUUUCUGUGUCUAUGAAUGUAUAUGUGAUGGUAUCACUUGCAACAAUCAGAAUCCACAUGGCAGUACAUUUUUUUUUCUAACUAACUGGAGAGAGAAUUUAAGGAACUUAAAACAAAUAUAUCACAGAUCAAAACCUCAGCCAAUAUUAUAACAGAUAGAGUUUGUAAAAAAAUGUAUCCACAUACAUGUCACAAUGCUACACCUACUAUUGGAUCACGCCUAGGUGGUGAAGAUGUGAAUCUGCAGCAUCAGUGCCUAACUUCCUGCUAUUUGUACAACAGGACUUAUAAUUGCUGUGUCCAAGAAGGGAUGCAACAACAUUAGGUAACAUCAUUAUAUUGGAUCUUAUGUCUUUAUUGAACUCAAGCUAUUCUUACCUUGGCAAUUACGUGGAAACCUCCAACUAAAUAUUUGCAUAAAAGUGGAAAUACUACACAGGAUUUUAAAAUGAUUUUGUAUGAUUUGAGGUAAGAUAGUCCAGACAUUUGGUUAUAUCAGAGUAGCAUAUAUAAGGAUUUAGAAUGAUGCUAAUUUUGGGGGAUUUCAGUACGUACAAUAUUGAAUUAUGGUUUUGACAAUUUAUAAUAUCUUCACAAAGAGACAAUACUGAGAUUUUAAAAAAACUUGUGAUGGUCUUACAAGUGUUAAACAAUUGCUUUUAUGCUAAGCAGGAAUUAUACUUAUGUCUUCUAUCAAGUGACGUGUGAAAUUGUUAUUCUUUUAUGUCAAUGUAAUCCUAUGCUCCUAUGUGCCAAUACAAAUUAUCUAAUUUUAAUGAAGUAGCCUUUCAGAUAAUAUAUUUAUAGAAAAUAUGACAAUGCAUUGAUUAAAAUACAUAUCCGUGUAUUAACACUUAGGCUCCAUAUUUAAUGAAGGACAUUAUCUAUUUUCUCCCAUGUAAAUACAAUACACAGUAUAUAUUAUAUAUAAAUAAAAGCAUGUUUC